GAGAGGUGGGUGGUGAUUGGGCGGUGCCCAGGAGGCUCCGGGGUGAGGCGCGGGUGCGCGACCGGGAGUUCCGGCGGAGGCCAGUGCUGAGGGCCGGCGCCUUCACCAUGGCCUCGUGUGAGCUGGACUACACCAUCGAGAUCCCGGAUCAGCCCUGCAGCAGCCAGGAGAAUAGCCCCAACCAAGGCGGAAAGGAGGUGGGGACACGACAGCCUUUGGUGAUUCUCUUGGGCUGGGGUGGUUGCACCGACAAGAACCUUGCCAAGUACAGCGCCAUCUACCACAAAAGGCAGCCCAGCCCUGAUGUGCUCCCAGCUGUGGAGUGGCCCAGACCUCAAGUCUGUUGUUGCCUGAUGGGCACAAAAGCCUGGGCCAAGUGUGUUGGGCAUAGUAUGUACUCCCAGGGAUUUCUCCUUUUCUGCCAGGGCUGCAUCGUGAUCCGAUACACAGCCCCAUGGCACAUGGUCUUCUUCUCCGAGUCCCUGGGCAUCCCUUCACUUCGUGUUUUGGCCCAGAAGCUACUUGAACUACUCUUUGAUUACGAGAUUGAGAAGGAGCCCCUGCUCUUCCAUGUCUUCAGCAAUGCCGGUGUCAUGCUGUACCGAUACGUGCUGGAGCUUCUGCAGAACCAUCAGCGCUUCUGCCACCUGCGUGUGGUGGGCACCAUCUUUGACAGCGGGCCUGGUGAUAGCAACGUGGUGGGCGCUCUGCGGGCCCUGGCGGCCAUCCUGGAGCACCGGCCUGCUGUGCUGCGCCUGCUGCUCCUGGUGGCCUUCGCCCUGGUGGCAAUCCUGUUCCAUGUCCUGCUCGCUCCACUCACUGCCCUCUUCCACACCCACUUCUAUGAUAGGCUACUCAGUGCAGCCUCUCGCUGGCCUGAGCUCUACCUCUACUCGAGGGCCGACGAGGUGGUCCUGGCCAGGGAUGUGGAACGCAUGGUGGAGGCACGCCUGGCACACCAGGUCCUGGUGCGCUCUGUGGACUUUGUGUCAUCUGCACACGUCAGCCAUCUUCGCGACUACCCUGCUUACUACACAAGCCUCUGUGUCAACUUCAUGCACAGCUGUGUCCACUGCUGAGCUCCUUGCCCCACC